ACUAGACUAGCUAUCGCCAUACUCCAUGGUGAUGGAGAUAAGCGAGGAGAACCUGCCCGUGGUCGAGUCUCUCGCUUCAGUCGUCAACCAGAGAGCGAGUUCAAUAAUUAGCGGUUCAAUCUGUCCGCUCUUCUUGAAUAGUCUCAUUACUUUAGAAAUAAGCAGUGCGUAGGCGGUGAUAUCCUAAUUUACGCCAAACGAGAUACUCGGAUAUUCAGUGUUUUUUGUGCUAUGACCAUUGAGAUCUGUGCGGAGUAUGCCCUUUUAACGAUCUCCCGCGGCGUUAGACAUGUAGUGAGUGGCUUUUCAGUGUUGGACACUCUCGACCCGGCCCAGAAAAUCAGGAUUUUUGGUCGAUUUCACGUCAAAAGGAGUUGUUAAAAUGAAAAGAAAUUACAUUUGGUGGUUGCUUGUCUUCUUGGCCGUACCUCACAGAAGCGAUUCAUCGACGUAUUCCUCGUCCACGAUGUCCAAGGAAGUUUUGGCCGAGGUAGAGACGAACCUGAGGACCCUAUUCGGUUUCAAGGCUCGACCAAAAGUCGACAGAUCCAAACUGGUGAUACCGCAAGCUUUGAUCGACUUGUACGAGCAGCAGAGCGGCUCUAAGCUGGACAUCACGUCCAUCAACAGGCCUGGACUGUUCACCCAAACUGCGAACACGAUAAGGAGUUAUACUCAUGUUGAAAGCCCAAUGGAUGAGAAAUUCAGCUACCACAAGUGCAGGCUCAAGUUCGACCUUGGAAACGUCCCGCCAAACGAAGCCCUCAAAGCCGCCGAGGUCACGAUAAACCGGGAGCCUUUCAAAGGGCCCCGAGAGAAGGACAAGUCCUAUUUCCAGAGGAUCCUGGUGAGCGACAUAAUCCAGCCAGGUAUAAAGGGCAAACAGGAGGCCAUCACCAGGCUGAUGGACUCCAAGCUCAUCGACAUCAGAGGCAACGACACCAUCAGCGUCGACGUCCUCCCAGCCGUCCAGAGAUGGCUGAAGAACCCCAAGAACAACCACGGCAUCCUCAUCACCGUCAAGAACGUCAGUAAGGGCAAGAAACGUCCCCCCAAAGACCACCUGAGGUUGAAGCGAGACAAUCGCAGUGAUUGGCUGCACAAGCAACCCCUACUCUUCGUGUACACAGACGACGGCAGGAGCAUCCACAGAAAAGGCGAGGAGAUCCUGCGGAACCGCAGGAAAAGGGCGGCUAAGAGCGGCAAGAGGAGAGACGACAAGAGGGAGCCUUGCAGGAGGCACGCGAUGAGGGUAGACUUCGCGCAUGUCGGGUGGAACGACUGGAUCGUCGCCCCUGCCUUCUACGAGGCCUUCCACUGCAAGGGGGAGUGCAAUUUCCCGUUUCCCGAUCACUUGAACGCCACCAAUCACGCCAUAGUUCAAUCUCUGAUCAAUUCGGUGAAUCCGACCAAAGUACCUAAGCCUUGCUGCAUACCGACGCAGCUCAGCUCGAUAUCCAUGUUGUAUGUGGACGACGAGCAGAAAGUGACCCUGAAAAAUUACAGGGACAUGGUUGUGAACGGGUGUGGCUGUCGGUAGUCGCUGGUCAUCCCUCAUUCUUCGUCGUUCUAUACGAAUCGAGUCGAUAAUCGAUUCUUCAUUGUACAAAUUUUAUUUUAAUUUAUUCAACUUUUAUAUAUCAUCUAUUUUUAUGUCUUUAAAUAUAGCGAGUAUGAAACAAACUUCCACUGUUGUUUUUUCUAACAGAUUUGACAUUUGUCUGGUGUCAAACCUACCAUUUUGAAAAUGAAGAUUAAGAUUUCGAUGGUUAUAGGACGGCGUAUAGAAUUUUAACCGAAUCUGUGAUCAAGAGGCUCGAGGCUUUGUGAAGUAUAUGUGCAUUGUCCCAGUGCAAAACGGGUUGAACUAUGGUCAUUUCCCUUCAUCUGUGAUUAUAAAUGUAUAAAUUAGAAUGAGAAUGUAGGAAUUCGACAGGAGCUAGACAAUAACUGAAUAA